AUGACGUCAUCGUCCGUCCAGGUUGUGUCCAGGGAAGGCGAGGAGGCGUUUGUCGUCCUCCGGGACGUCCUGAAAGAGACCAAACAGACGGCGCUUCACGAUAUCAUUAAAGAUGUGAAAAUUGACGUCAACCAUGACAACACACCCGAAGUCAUAAAGAAGAAGUUGGCAGAGGCGACGAAGGCUAGGAACAGGAGCAGGAUAGAGAAAGCCAUUGCUGAUUACAAGGAUCACGGCCUCUCACAGACUGAAGACAUCUACAAGGAGGCGACAAGGACCCUGAGGCUGCUGACUGCCAGAGAAGAUCUGAAGGCGGCCAUCAACUCUAGACAGAAAGACCAGCUAAAGGAAGCGAUGCAGGGGUGUUCCGAGUUCAAGGACGAGCUGAAGAAAGAGCUGAACGAGGCGAAGAGAGUAUUGGACGCCGUCCUACACCUGGAGACAUUACGUCACAAAAUCAUGGCCAUGAACCAGGCCACCGUGGCUGAGCUGAAGACGUACAACCAGCCUCCUCCUGCUGUCAAUCAAGUCAUGAUGGCGACAUUCCUGUUGCUUGGCAACUCAAAGGCGCAGAUCAAGGAUUGGCAGUUACUCCAAACACUGAUGGGUAAGACAGGGAAACAAAGCCUGAAGAGGCGAAUCAAGAAAUGCCAGCCAGCCAAGCUGAGUCCAGAGACGGUAGCAGAGGCCAAGAGGCUACUACAGGACAAUGACCUGACCUUGGAAUCUGUGAGGAGCGUCAGCAACGGAGCAGCGACGUUCUACGUCUGGUCGAUGGGGAUGAUCGAGGAAGUGGAACAGUUGACCAAACCAAAGGAGAGUGCAAUCCAGCAGCUCACCAAGGCCAGAUAAAGAGCAUAACGUCCAUCCAAUGUGUCAUGUUUAUUGAAUAUGUUGGAGACUGAGUCUUGUAGAUAUCAAAAAAAUAAUCUACGCAGGGCAAAACGAAACAGUUGGCAUUUUGUGAUCAUCUGUACAUAUGUGCAAACCACUUGAUGUAUCUUAUACAUACGUUUGUUGGUGCAUUGUUGAUCUCUAUCGGUUUCCCUUCAGUUAGAGUCGUUCUUGCCGAAAAGGUAAAUAGUACACUGGCUUGGAAAUGUUGAACUUAUUUGCAGAACAGAGAUUUAGCAUUGAUGUACAUAUCUUUUUGUGAAUUAUUUGAAGAACAGCAAUCUAGUACAUAUGCUGUACAUAUUUUCAGUGCAUUAUUUGAAGAACAGAGAUCUAGCAUUGAUGUACAUAUUCUAGUGAAAUAUUUUGAUUCUUGAGUUUCUGCUAUGAAUGGUCAAAUAAAUUUCCUACGUUUUC